AUGAAUCUUGUCCGCCUCUGUGCAUGUUCAUCUGUCCACCUUGUGCGUGUUAUUUCCUUUCCUCCCUUUUCCUUCUCAUCUCCUCCACCAUGCUCAUUGGAAACCCCGACUGAAAAAGACGCCGCUGCCGCCGACGAUGCCGACGACUGGUGCAUCUCUGACGGCAAUGAUACAACCUGCACUUCAUUCGUCUGGAAUGAAGCCGAGCCCAAGCGCUUUGAUACCUUCGGCAACGAUAACCCCUGCAUUCUCUGGAUCCUCGAGCGCAAGACCGUGGACACCCAGCCCACUGCCCUCGACAGGGAGCUCUACAUCAUUGCCUGGGGCGAUAUCGGCAUCUCUGUAUUCGUCUCCACCGUUGGCGCCGGUAGAGAUUUAGACCUACGCAUUAUGGAGGUGUUUGUGUUGGUGUUGGGUGUCCUCACCUCAUUCAUCUGGACCGAAGCAAAGCUCAAGCACAUCGGCACCUCCGGAUGCGAUAACAUCUGCCAUCGAUGGUUCUUCGACUGCAAGGCCGUGGAGGCCCACAGCCUGUUUUGCGACAUCACCUAG